UGUCGCCGACCAUGUAUCUUGACAAGAUGUUAGCUAUACUGCUUCUCUUGUCAUGCACUCUCUUGGGUUCGUCUAUAGUAAUUUUCGAGGAAAGGCACGAUUAUUACUAUACAUACUCUUCAAAAGCAGAAGUGUUUGGACUACACAAUGUGUCGACAAUUGUACAGAUGAGGGUCCGUUUUGUUAACAGCACUGCUACAGGAGACCGCCUCCACCAGCUGUAUAUUGAUAGUUUCUUUCAACGAACGCAAGAUGGAUAUGCGGCAGAAAACCCUUUAAAGUGGAAUUUGGACGAACCUUUCUUGUUCACCAUCAAACCAACUGGGUUGGUUGAUCUCAUCUACCACAAUGCGAAUGAGAAGGAAGAGCUGAUAAUCUUGAAGAAGGCUCUUGCGAGCAGUCUAUCUGCAAAUGUCCAGCUUCAAGAUGCAGAAUCAUGGCAAUACAAGCUGAAUGAAACGGACCACACAGGUGAAGCAGAACAGUCAUAUGAGGUAUCACGUGUACCUGAUGGUAUCCUUCUUCGACGCCAGCACCGUAGCACACGUGAUGUAGAGAGACACCAUGACAAGACAAUGAAGAUACAUCAUAUGGGACACAUAGAGCAUGUUUUGGCAUUGGACAGAAUAAUGUUGAAAGAUCACACAGAUCCAGAAAAACGCCAACACCUCCAAAGACAAAGAGUGCCAGGAGAGAGAAUAAUAAAAGAAGACAUCACUGGGAGUUUCCCUGAUAUCGAGACAAAGUCCACUACAGAGGUUGUUUUGAAAACUAAAAGAAAAUUAACAUCAACUGAAUCUAUACAGGACACAGUGGGUUUAAAGGGGUUAACUGCCGAUAGUAUCGAGGUUCCAAAGGAAGAGACAGUGCAUAUGAGCUUAGAAGAAGCAAACCCUUUCAUCAGACAAGCCUUAUCAUGUAUCCACAAUCACACAGGGGAAGGUGCGACUGAGAGAAUAGAGUGUGUAGUUACCUUACGUCAGUACCUGGAGCAGUUGAGCCCUACUGACAUGGUCCAGCUUGGAGAGAGGUAUCUGAAGCACAAGUGCCAAGAAAAUGAUAGCGUAUGUCAAGCUGAUCGCCAUUUGUUCAUUGAUUUGAUCAUCCAACUGGAGACUAAGGAAGCCCAGCAGUUACUUGUGCAGCAUGUACUCAAUGUAGUUGACCCACAUGAAGAGGAGGUCCAACGCACGAUGUACCAUAUGCAUGCAAUAAAGAAACCAACAUUGGAUCUCAUUUCCUCUGUUGCCAAACUAUGCUUUGGUCCACUUGGGGAAAAUAUAGGGAAACAUAGCAAUAUAACCAAGAACGAAAAACGAGCCUGCCUUGCCAUUGGAAGUCUUGCAAGAUAUGUUAAUGAAACCAACCACUUGAGUGCAGCAAAGCUGGUGGAACACCUGGAAAACUGGCUGGAACAUCAUGAUGAAGGUUCCUUGGCCCCGCCACAACAUCGGGGCAAACGUUCUCCCACAUUUUUCAACAAAACUGAGCAUCAUCACAAAUUCACCAAAAUGGUUCUACUGGAAGCAGUUGGUAAUGCAGGUUCCCCUACAUCAUUAGACCAUAUUCUAUCAUAUGCUAAGCCAAAUAUGGGACACCCAGCAUGGCGACGGACUGCUGUGAAUGCACUGAGAUCCUACACUUGUCAUAAGAGUGCCACUGCACUGAUUGAUUUGGCUGUUAAUGAUGACAUUGAUGUUAUACGUGAUAAAGCAUUUGCUGCAUUAAAAAAACAUCCCAAACAUUUUAAUAUGACAAGAGAACAGCACAACAUUAUUUUGGGAAAGCAGUACACAUAUCAUACUGUUAUGAGAUUGAAAAGAGGCUUCAUUGAAGACAUAUUCAAAGCACUAAGUUUCAAAAUAGAGGUCCCAGGUAUACAGUGGAGCAAAGAAAUCGGUAAUAGCAAAAUUGGAGCAAGUUUUGGAUUGGAGGCCAGAAACAAAAUGGAGCUGAAACUAGGUUUGCUGUCCAGCUUUUUUGAUUUGUACAGUUAUAACACUGCUUUCGCUGAAGCACAUAUUGGACUAUUGCGGCUGCAAGUUGAUGUCUUCAGAGCUUUGGCAUGUUACCAUGGAUAUAUUGAGUAUGACCUCAAUGUUUUGAAGGAUUUUGGGAUCAACGAUAGUAGAGAUUUAGCAAAACUCUUUGACAAAGUCAUUGACACUUUUCGACGGCCAAUUGCCAAGUCAAUCAAUACCUUUAAGAAAAUUGUCAGCUUAUUUAAAGGCAGAGGAUUGCAAGGCCUAUUUAACGAUGCAGUAAAGGCCAUCAAAAAUUUGCCAGAUGCCUUAAGAACCCUGCUUGAAAACCUGGAGCAAUUUGUCUGUGACAUAAGUGACUAUGAGGGUUUGCCAUGGAUAGCUGCUAUGAAAGAGGUUGUACGCCGAGUGCGACAUUUUGUAGAAGAUGUUCAAUCAGAUAUUCUUGGCUUUUAUAAUGCAAUUGUGGACACCAUAACAGUUAACUUCCCAUUCGCAGCUAAAACGACAUUUGAAGCAAUUAAACUGAUACUGAGAGCAGUGAAAGCAAUCUUUAAUAAUCCUAUGGGAGCACUUUCAAACAUUGGCUCAGCUCUCAUGAAAUUAAAGCUGUCUGUAUCCAUGAUUAUAGGAGCUAAGGUAAAGAUUGAAGAAUCCUGCUUUUUCCUAUCAGGAAAGAUGCCAUAUUGGAUGAACCUUGGGGAAGAAUUCACUGAUCUGAUGGAAGACAUUAAAGAUGCAAGGAAGAAAAUCUCACAAUUUCUUGAGAGUGUUAGAAAGAGUGAUGAAACUGGUGCCUUUCAACCAUUAAAUGUUGGAAAAAGAAGUGGCAUACCAACUGUGGAAGAACAAGAGGUUCGGAUCAUUAAAGCUUUUUUUGAAAAGUUUGAUAAACUCCUCACACCUUUUGCGGAUAUUGUGAAGACUUCAAAGCCAUUCUUAGAUUCCUAUAAUGCAGUGAUGGAAGUAGUACAUGAAGUGAAAUGGUCAUACCUGGAUAUACGUAACAUGGUUGAGAAAGGGAAGUCUAUUGUUAUGAAGCUGUUUGGCCCAAAGUUUCACCGCCAGUUCCCAUCUCGCAGAAGUGAUUGUGAAAAAGACUGUGGCUGUGGUAUCUUCCCAUAUGAAGGCAAAAACAGAACUCUCUUACCUGGGAUUGAUGUGAUAAGAAAAAUGGGUAGUAAGGUAAGCUCCCCUGUUACAGGCAUUGUGAAACGACGCAGUGACACUGAAGUUUUGAUUGCACCUUAUGAUAGGGGAUUGCGUCGCUUUGAAAUCAUUAUCAGUAACAUAGAACCAAUACGGAAAAUCUCAAACUCCUACUCAACUGUAAUAAGUGCUGGAGAUGAAAUUGGCAAAGCUCUAACUUCUAGAUGUGACCCAAACUUUAUCCAUGUUGCAAUGCGAAAAAAGCCUAAAAUAUCAAAGCCCUCUGAUGCUGAUUAUAAGUACAUUGACCCAACACCAUACAUAGACAAGAUUGUCCCUGUACCACGUUGGGUUCCUGUAUGUAACCAGUUUAGCUUAAUAAUCAACUUACAAAUCUCUGAUCUUGAGCCCAUUACUGACCCUGAAAAUGCCAAGAAAGUUGUAGAGGAUGUUAAGCGUCAUGGCCAAGAAAGUGUUGAUCAAUUCUUUGACGAGACUCCAGAUCCAGAAACACCAUGGCGACCAAAAGGGAUGGAUGAAAGUGCAACAAAAUCCUUGGCUGAUCGUUUUCGGGGUACCUUGGGUUCUUUUGGUAGCUUGGAUCAAUUAGCAGACUUCACAAGCAAAAAGAAACCCCCCAGUAUUCUUGAUCAGAUUGAUAUCAAUGCCCUAGAAGUGCGGCAGGUGUUAUUUAUACUCAACGCCAGCAAGUUAUUUGCCAAACAGCAUACAGUUGAAAGAUAUGUGGAAGACUUAGCUGAAGUCAUUCGUACAAAUAAAGUAGAACACCCAGAAAACUUUUCACCCCGGAGGCUCAGGUACAUUCUAAAAAGACGAGGGCAAGAUUCAUCAGGCUCAUUUAAGCAACUGGUGUUGCAUUACACAGAGAUACCUGAAGGAGUUUGUCCCAAUAUUAAACGUGGUAUAGCCAGAGGCUUUGGGCAUUUCUGCACGCCACACAGAGAUUGUCAUGGACUGACUUGUGGACUGCUGGUCAAGUUUAUUUUAGUAAAGAAGGUCAUUAAGUUUGACAUGCGCCUGAAUACAUGCAGUGGAAAAAUUGAUAUACAGAUAGAUGAUGAUGUAACAAGUUUUGAUAUACAGGGGAAUGAUGAUGUAAACAUAAUGCGUCCAUUUGGUACCUCUGGUGAUUUCACCCUGAAGACCACAGCUCAAUUCAAUAGAAUUAGGAAUGGGGUAUAUGUGACGUCGAACAUUUCAGUAUGCUCUGCUUUCUAUCCAACAUGUAUGGAGACCAUUGAAAUGUUCAAAAAUAUGCACCUGGGAGUUCAAAAUCCUGCAGGAGUUUCAUGCAAUCCAGGAGUUGAAUAUGACGGAACUGAAGACCGAGUACAAAGCAUGGCACUGCUAUACUUUGUGGAUGACUUACUUCAAAUGAACAUUGGAAAAAGAAGAGAAGUGUUAAUGUUCAUGAAUGAGCUUCGCACUGCUGUACUUGAUGCAAUUAUGAAAAAUCCUGGACUUCUGCUGAAAAUUGGAAAAUCAGAAUUUCCCAGUUCUGUAGACUUCUGUUUUGAUGGAGUUAUACGACCACUAAAAUACUAUAAACAGUUCUUCGGUUUUAACUUCCGAUUUGUUGUUGGACCUUUACCACUUAAAUUAGGGUUUGGUGCUGGUGGUGAGAUCGGUGUGAGGAUUUCAGCUGGAGCUUGCCUUAUGUGUAUGAAAGCUAAGGUUACAAUAACUCCAUAUGUUGCUGGGAAGGUCUGGGGAUCCCUUGAAGUAAACCUUGGGAUACUUAGUGGUGGAAUCCGUAUUGAAGGUUUCUUGCUGGACACUAGCUUUCCGAUAACAGGCACUAUUGGUUUCGGGAAAUUCCCGAUAAAUGUGAGAGCAAAGAUGGAUCUUGUGCUUGUUCCUUUAAAAGUGAGACUAUCUGCCUACGUUCAUUUGAAACUACUUUUUGUAACAGUAACUGUUUUUGAUCAUACGCUGUGGAAAUAUAAGAUGGACCCAAUCCGACACAAUAUAUUUGAUAAAUCGAAUGUAGGUAGAGAUAAUUCUCCACCAGAUAGACCCAAUUGUACUGUGAAACAACUCGGCGGUCAAGACUACACUGACCCCGCGUUUAUCCUCGAAGCCGCAUCAUGUGACUCCGUGAGUGACGUCAAAUUGCAUUAUGCUAUUGGAAGUCACCCUGGUGGCACUGACGUCAGUGGCUGGACGGAAAUGGGCGGUUCACCACUCACAGUUUCUCAAAAGAUGGUCGAUGGGAUACCUCUCUACUUUACGGUCAAGGCCAUAAAUAGCCAGGGCCUCGAGGCCAUUUCAACAUGCAAACUUGAGACGUAUGAUGUCACUCCUCCAGAUGGCCGUCUUGAAGCAUCCCAUGCUUAUACAAGUCAUCCGCAUAGAAUUAGCGGAACGCUCACCAUAUUUGAUGACUCUCCGUUGGAGGAGAUCCAAUACAAAUGCGUCGGUUUUGGACAGGGCCCUACAAACGCCGAAGUUGUCAACUGGCUGCCAUUCUACCCAGAUAAAAUGCCUAAAAAUAAAGAUAUUGAAAAUGAACUCUCUCAUUUUUCUGUGGGUAUAAACUAA